AUCAGCAGACAUUCUUGUUAAAGGUGUUUAUCGUGACCUUAUACCUACAAAUUCUACGGUGCUAUAUGAAUAUGGAUUUGAAAAUUGCAUGACUUCUCUAGAUCAAACGAAUCUUUGUGGCUUGUACAUUGGUCUUAUAAAAAUUAUAGGUUGUAACGCCUCUCAGCUACAUUCAUGGCGAGAAAAUGGCGAACUACCACUUAACAUUAAAAAAGCAUAUGAUGAUGGUGGUUAUACCACAGAUAAAAUGAUUUUACUUGCCAAACCUUAUCUUUCCGAACAUGAUCAAGCCGUUCCUUUCAGGUCUCUUCCGGAAUCAAAACGUCAUGUUUGUAUUUUCUACUCAAUCAUACUUCAAGGAUAUCUUCCUACAAUUGAGCUACCACACUGGAUUGAUCUUGGAUUUUGUGCUUGUAAAGUCGGUAAUAAUUACUAUGCAGAUGAUAUUAUUAACCUCAUACAUAAUCCUAUAUCAUCUGCUGGAAACUGUGAAUUAGCAGAA